GGGGAGACAGGAUGCAGUCGUGCGGGGGCGCCGCGGCGGGACGCCGAGCCUUCGACAGCAUCUGCCCCAACAGGAUGUUGGAGCUGCGGGGCCGGCCUCUCAGCAAGCCCGGGAAGCUGGAGAAGAAGUUCGCCCCUCCGCGGAAGUUCUUGCCUGGUUGCAGCGGCGGCAGCCCAGUGUCGGUCUACGAAGAUCCGCGGGACGCGGAGCUCUCUGCGCUGCCAGCGCUCACCACCAUAGACCUGCAGGACCUCGCCGACUGCUCCUCGCUACUCGGGUCCGACGCGCCGCCUAGUGGUGACUUGGCUGCAUUGCAGAACCAGUCCCUGCAAACUGCUGCGGACUUUGAUCUGCAGGAUUUCAGAGACACAGUGGAUGAUCUCAUUGCAGACUCAUCCUCUUUGAUGUCGCCUCCUCUGACCGGCGGAGACUUUCCCUUCUCUCCUGGCAACGUAUUGCCAAUUGGGCCCUGUCUCUCUCCGCCGCUGGACCCAAGGGCACUGCAGUCACCGCCUCUGCCCCCUCCAGACGUGCCCCGGCCGGAGCAGUACUGGAAGGAAGUGGCCGACCAGAACCAGAGGGCAUUGGGGGACGCGCUCGUUGAGAAUAACCAACUGCACGUGACGCUGACCCAGAAGCAGGAGGAGAUCGCCUCGCUCAAAGAGCGGAACGUGCAACUGAAGGAACUUGCCAGCCGGACCCGGCACCUGGCCUCUGUGCUGGAUAAGCUGAUGAUCACGCAGUCCCGGGAUUGCGGGUCGACAGCCGAACCCUUCCUGCUCAAGGCGACAGCCAAAAGGAGCCUGGAGGAGUUGUUCAGUGCUGCGGGACAGGAUUGCGCGGAAGUGGACGCCAUCCUGAGGGAGAUUUCCGAGCGCUGCGAUGAAGCGCUGCAGAGCCGCGACCCGAAGCGGCUCCGGCUACAGCCGGAGCCCGCGAGUAGGGAGGACAUGCCAGGGAACCUCCACGGCACCUUCCGGGGGCUGCGCACAGAGUGCAGCCGGAGCGCGCUAAACCUGAGCCGCAGUGAGCUAGAAGAGGGUGGCUCCUUCAGCACCCCCAUCCGCAGCCAUAGCACCAUCCGCACCCUCGCCUUCCCCCAGGGCAAUGCCUUCACCAUUCGGACCGCCAACGGGGGAUACAAAUUCCGCUGGGUCCCCAGUUGAGCUGGGAUGAUGUUCCCCCAAACACUGCCCUGUAUCCGGACUGAAGCGCCUGGAGGCUAAUUGGGAGGCUAAUUGGGAACUGUUUGCCGAACCUGGCUUCAGAAGAACUCCCUCUGCUGGGCGAAUGCCACCCUGAAACUUUUUUUUCAGACACCAAAACGUCUCGAUAAUGAUGUCCUGCACAGUCCUGGUAUAAAACACUGUAUAUUCCCUUCCCUUCCACAGUGUGUGCUGUAUGUGUGCGUGUAAACACACAUAUAAAUCUCAAUUUUAAAAGUA